AUGCAAUGCAUAUUGCAUCAUUGUGGUAAGAAGUUUCUUAGGAAUAUGAGUCAAUAUCUCGUUUAUUUAGGCCUAAUUCUUGCUUGGACUGGUAUUGGAGUUCUUGGCAAUGAUGACGACUGUAAUGAAAUGGUUUGUGGUUCGGUUGUGUCCAAGUGUCUGCUGACACAGAGUUGCGAGUGCAAAUUAACCGAUUGUCAUUGCUGUAAAGAUUGCGUCAAUUGUCUGGGCGAUUUGUGGACAGAGUGCUGCGGCUGUCUUGAUAUGUGCCCCAAGUUCAAGAACGCCCCGAUGUCACUGUCAUCACGCUCGGAAAUCAAAAAUCUUGAGGGUCUGCCCGAGUUAUUUGACACCCUUACCGCUGAGGAUGACGACCAAUGGUCAACCAUGCGUUUUCCGAUGCGCCCCGGAUUCAAACAGCGUCUGGAGGGCACAGACUCCGGCAUGGAGCAUCUGCAUCAGGCGGGUGGCCUGCUCAACUGCACCGUCAUCUAUAUGAACUCGUGCAUACGGUCAAGCAAGUGCGAGCAGCAUUGCGAAAGCAUGGGGGCAAGCAGUUAUCGCUGGUUCCAUGAUGGCUGCUGUGAGUGUGUGGGUUCCAAUUGCCUCAACUACGGGAUAAAUGAAAGUCGCUGUACAGCCUGUCCGGAGGAUCUCGCCGAGGAUCUUCUCAAUGCCGAUAAGGUGCAUGGUGACCCCGAACAAGAUCUGGAUGAAGCCUUCACCGACGAUAUGUGGGACUACGGAGAAAACGAUGAUUUCAUUUAGAAAUAUCCAUCAAUAAAAAAUCGAUUUCAGCAUUAAUUUUGUAUUUUUUGUU